AUGAGGAUCUUGAGAAAAUUGAGACUGGGGGCAUUAUUAAGAGGGUUUUCAUUAUUCUUAGAAGAUGUAAAUCCACUUUAUCCUAUUAUAUUUUUAGCCUGCUUAAUUACUAUUUUUUUCUUAAAAAGUUCUAUUGAGGAAGAAAUGGGUAAAUUAAAAUCCAGACAAGAUUGGAGUACAGCUACAGAUUCUAUUUUCCAUGUUGGAUGUAUUGAUACUCAAGAAUAUUUGAUAGAUCCAGUGUAUCAAAAACAAAAUGCUACUUUUAUAAUGCUAGCAAGAAAUAACGAACUUACCGAUGUAUUAUCAACACUGGAAAAUAUUGAAUCUCAUUUUAAUCAAUGGUUUCAUUAUCCUUAUGUUUUUCUUAAUGAUGAACCAUUCACUGAAGAAUUUAAAAGAGAAGUUCAAAAUUUAGUUUCAUCAGAAUCAUCAUUUGGUAUAUUGAACGAAGAACAAUGGACUUUAACUGAUUCAGUUGAAUUGAAUGAAAACAUACAAUUGCAAGGUGAUAGAGAUAUAUUAUAUGGUGAUAAUCCAUCAUAUCAUAAGAUGUGCCGAUUUUAUUCAGGUUGGUUCUAUAGACAUGAAUUGGUUCAACAAUACGAAUGGUAUUGGCGUCUUGAACCUGCUGUUGAGUUUUAUUGUGAUUUAACUUAUGAUCCCUUUUAUGAAAUGUCAAAGUCAGGUAAAAAAUAUGGAUUUACUGUUAUUAUACCUGAAUUAGCUGAUACUAUACCAACAUUAUUUCGUUCUACAUUAUCGUAUAUUAAAGAAAAUCAAAUAAAUGUUGGUUCACUUUGGAAAUUAUUUACAUUAGAUUACCAUUUGGUAAGUAAUUUGACUACAAUAUUAGAUAAAUUAAUAAAUUAUCCUCAUGAAAUUAUAAAUCAAAUAGAAGAUGACAUUGCUAUUGAAUAUUUAUUAGAUACUGGAUUAAAUGAUAAUGAAACUACCAUGCUUGGUUUACAAAAAUUAUUAAGUAGAUCCAACACCAAGGUACCAUUAGAAAUAAAUAAAUUUUCUGAUUUGCGAUAUAAUCUUUGUCAUUUUUGGUCUAAUUUUGAAAUUGCCAAGAUUGAUGUAUUUGAUAAUGAAAUAUACCAAAAUUAUUUUAACUAUUUAGAUGCAUCAGGUGGAUUUUGGCAAGAACGUUGGGGUGAUGCACCUGUCCAUUCGUUGGGAUUAUCAUUGACUUUAAAUAUUAGUGAUAUUCAUUAUUUUAGAGAUAUUGGCUAUAAACAUUCAACUUUACAACAUUGUCCAAACAAUGUUUAUAAUGGUGAAUUGUCAUACUUUGCAACAGAUGAACGUUGGCAAAGACAAGGUAAGCAAAAUCAUUAUGAUAAAGGGAUUAAAACAGGUAGUGGCUGUAGAUGUAAAUGUCCUGAUAGUGCAGAAUUAGAAGAUAAUCAAUCUUAUUGUCAAGAUAUAUGGAUAGAUUUAAUAAAAGAUAAUAAUCCAAAUAAGCUUCGCGAGCCAAUAUUUGAAUAUAAUGAACUUAAAUCAGCAUUGAAGAAAGACUUUAAUAAGAAAAACUAA